UGACUCUGCGAUACAAAUGUCAAAAAACAAGUCUUAGGCUGCUGAAUUGAUUCCGAAAUGAAACAUGCCUCGGUAGAAAUUUUGUAGGGGCGGUGCAGUACGGGUUUUUAGAUUCUGUGCUCAUUGAUGACGUUUUAAAUUAACCAAGCCUUUAUCAGUGAAGCCUGUUUUUAAUAUUGUGGGUAACUAAUACCGUGUAUUCUUAUGAUCUCUCAUCGAGAUUGGUUUAAAUAUUCUUGCAAUGAAAACAAAUCAAUAAAAUAUUAGAGUAGGUUAAUUUGUAAAGUGAAGUAUAUAUUGUUAUGCAUACGCUGUAAAUCUAUAUGUAUAACCACAUAGGUAGCAGUAAAUUUGUUUAAUUCCAAUUAAUAAUAUUAAAAAAAAAUAAAAUGUGUAUUAUAUAAGUUUGAGAAGUGAACAUGAAAUCAUUUGGUUAUGAUGAUAAAAAAAACGAUUCCGCAAGUAAUACUGCCUAGUUAAAUACGCGUUAUUUGCCUAUGCUAUCACAAUAUGAUGUUCCUCAAUAUUGUGGAUGUCACUGUUUAAUUUGAAAACCCCGCAAAGCUUUUGACCAGAGUUGUCAAUGCGGCACACAUAAAAUGAAACACUUAUUGGGCACCGAAAACUAUGCUAUAGUAUUUCCGCUAAACGACAAAAAAUUAAAUUUCUUACUGCUUAAUAAUAACAAUUCAGUUGCUGGUCCGGUUUGCUUUGUAUAUAGGCAAAUAUUUUGGUUGACUACCCAAGAAUGCUCACCUCCUAAUGGAAGUGGUUAAACCAUCUCAAAGUCGAUUAAUUUGCAUCCCAGACGGUUUUUAUUAUAUGCACCAUAUUGACUUAAUUAUAAUACGCACAUUGCAUCAGCUUUUAAAGAUAUAUAAACUCCAAUUUGAGCAUAGAUUGUCAUCAGUCUUAGAAGAUUUCUAGUCCGACAAUCUAACCAAAUCAAAAUGUUCAAGAUCCUGCUUAUCUGCGCUCUUGCCGCCCUUGUGGCCGCCAACGCCAACGUGGAGGUUAAGGAGCUGGUCAACGAUGUCCAGGCCGAUGGUUUCGUUAGCAAGUUGGUCCUCGACGACGGAUCUGCCUCCUCUGCCUCCGGAGAUAUCCACGGUAACAUCGAUGGCGUCUUCGAGUGGAUCUCCCCUGAGGGUGUCCAUGUGCGAGUGAGCUACAAGGCCGACGAGAACGGAUACCAGCCCCAGAGUGAUCUGCUGCCCACUCCUCCUCCGAUCCCAGCUGCCAUCCUGAAGGCUAUCGCCUACAUCCAGGCUAACCCCAGCAAGAACUAA